GUCUUUCAUCUGUUUUUUUCUGUUAAAUAGAUCCAUGCGCUAUCGUACGUGGGAAACAAACAUAUUUGCAUAAGUUUCCUGAUUUGAUUUGACCUUGUCCUUGAUCUAGGUCACUCCAGUAUCGCACAGAUUGCCGUGGCAAUAUACGUCCGUGAUGUUGUUUGCUGUGACUCUCUCACUUCUAGUGGUUACGGUCGCCUCCCUCUUUCCCCCGGGGCACUCCCCUUCCCCCCCAGCUGGGAGAGGACCCUGAGGUCGACAUGAACGCCACGGAGCUGAUCACCAGCAAGGGCUUCCCGUGUGAGAACCACUACGUCACUACAGAAGACGGAUUCAUCCUCAACAUGCAGCGGAUCCCUCACGGCAGGGGAGACAACUCUUCGGGGACAGUCAGACCGGCGGUGAUGCUACAGCAUGGCCUUCUGGGAAGUGCCACCAACUACCUCGACAACCUCGCCAACGAGAGCCUCGCUUUCAUCCUGGCCGACGCCGGCGCAGACGUGUGGCUGGGCAACGUGCGCGGGAACACUUACUCUCGUGCUCACAAGACGCUGAAACCAUCGGACGAGAAGUUUUGGGCAUGGAGUUACGACGAGAUGGCGAAGUACGACCUGCCCGCCAUGAUUGACUACAUCGUACAGACGACCGGGCAGCCCCAGGUCCACUAUGUCGGACACUCUCAGGGGACACUCAUCGGCUUCGCGGGCUUCAGUCAGAACAAGACUCUGGGUCAGCUGGUCAAGACCUUCAUCGCCCUGGCCCCAGUGGCGACCGUCGGGUACAUCAAGAGUCCUCUCAGACUUCUGGCGCCGUUCUCGAAGGAACUCGGUGCUGCUAUUGGGCUGUUCGGACAUGGCGAGUUUCUACCCAGCAUGGAGCUGACCACAUGGUUUGCCGAUGGCGUGUGUACCGAUAUCCCCCUCAUCUGUGCGAAUGUCUUAUUUGUGCUUGGAGGGUACGACUUCAAGGCGCUCAAUAUGUCCCGGGUCCCAGUCUACAUAGCUCACAACCCCGCCGGCACGUCCGUACGGAACGUGAUGCAUUUCGCCCAGGGUGUCAAUACGGACAAGUUCAUGAUGUUUGACUUCGAAUCUGCGGCUGCCAACAUGGAACAUUAUGGACAGUCGACCCCGCCCCUCUACCACCCAGAGCGGAUGGAAGUUCCGGUCGUGUUGUUUAGUGGCGAUAGGGACUUCCUGGCUGACCCGACUGACGUCACGUGGCUCCGAUCCCAGCUGAAGACAACUGUGGCAGAUCACGUGAUACCUCACUGGGAGCACCUGGACUUUAUCUGGGCAGAGGACGCACCAACCCUUUGUUAUAAGGAAAUUCAACGACUCGUGUUCAAUUAAAAGCAGAAUGAGUUUUUAUCAACUGA